AUGAAUUCUGAUGGAGAGCUUGAAGACGACCACGAAUCCGAAUUUCCAAAAGAAGACAGCGAAGAUGAAUUUCCACUUGGCAAGGAUCUACCAGAGUCAUUCAAAGUGUAUUGCGGCAUUUGUGAAGAAGUUCAAUUCAAUCGAGGAACUGGCCACAUUCACGAGCACAUGGCCUCUCAUCGUGGGCAGAUUGGCUCAAGGACUUUCACGUGUUCGCAAUGCUUUUUCGUUACCGGAGUCAAAGAGCUUUUGGAAUCCCAUCUCGCUGAUACUCACGGUUUACCUGAAUCUAUAGAUGAAGAAGACUAUCCGAUUCAAUUUGGUUUGGAUGUUGAGGCAUCGUUGUUAGAUAGAAUUGAAUUUGAUCAAACAAGGGAAACGAUGUUUACAAAGUCGAAAUUUUGCCAAAUCGCUGAUCAACACUUGCUCAGAAGACUUGUCAACGCCGAUGCGGGACAGCCACUAAGUAAUCGAAGCUCGUAUGAAAGAUUCUUCUGUAUUUAUUGGAAUGGGGAAAUCAGUGGAGCCCACUGGUAUUGUCGUAUUUGUAAACGCAAACUUUCUCGGCAAGAUCCUUACGCACUUCGAUUCGCCGUUUUGCUUCACCUGGACGACCAUGUGACGUGCAAACACAAAAGCAAUGUACUGGAUGAUCGCCUAACUAAAUGCCUCAAAAGAGAAUGGAAACGGUACGAAAAGGAAAUUGGUUCGUCACUCGCAGUAUUUCGUCAACGCUCUCAAACAUUGGAGAAUUCAGAAAAUAGAAGCUUCGCAAUCUAUUUGUCGGCUGAUCAACAACUAAUUGAUUUUUUCAACAGCGUCACCGAAAGUAAACACCAAAUUUUUGAUCUUUGCUUGUUAUGCGCUCGUCCUGUUUGGGGUUCAUCACAUUACACUAGGCAUCAUUGCAAACGAAAAAUAAAACUUUCAUGGAGUGAGUUUUACGCAGUUGAUGCAGCUGAUUUGUCGGUUGAGCCUCCACAAUCUCUUUUUCAAAUUGAACGGGUUCUGAAAAAAAGUAAACGAGACGAAUUUGACGGAAUUCUCUUCUAUCGAUGGUGCUGCCGUAAGCCGGAUUGCGCAAAGAAGUCACUUUGCACACAAUGCGAUUUUCCGAAUAUGUGGCUUACCCGGGCUUAUGCAUUGUCUCACUUGGAAAAACACCAUUCGCAACUCUUUAACAAGGAUUUUUUUGACUAUGAGUGGAAACUUGUUCAAUAUGAUUCGCGGAUGCCAGCUGACAUUUAUGAUUUCCGUCUACAUUUACCAAAAGUUCCAAUCGACGAUAUUGGAGAUCCAAACUUGUUUGCGUUGACGGCAAAUCGUGUCAUUUUGGCAGAAAACUACGCGGCUCUUCAUAUUUGCUCGAUUUGCUACUACACGGAUUUGAACCCGGGAUUUAUGAAUCAUAUUACCACUGAACAUGGUUUUUGCUAUGACCGAAUCGAUUUGCAUCAGCCGAUGAAGUCUCGCCGGUCAAUCCCUGGCCCUAAGCCGAAUACCAAGCGGCAGUUCAUAGAAAUUGCAGAUCGACUCAAAUAUUCAAUUGUGCCACCUCUGACGAUAAUCAAAGAUAUGAACCAGUGGAAUGAAGUCGAAGAUCACGAUGUUCAAGAUGAGCUAACAAUUGAGAGAACUCCCGCUGACAACGAGAUUUUAGCGAAGACGGAAAAUGAUUUACAAGAUAGCCAGCUCGAUGAAAAUAGAGAAGUUUCGGACAAAAGGGAAGAAAUUAUGGCAACAACGUCACAGUCUACGUCAGUUUUUUCACCUAAUUCGGCAAGUUUAAUAAAAAAAACCACCAUUUCUCGAAUCCUGGAGGGAUAUGAUUGGGAAGGUGAUCAGCCGGACCCGCUCUCAUAUAAUGCCACUACCUUACUACAAGCGUUCCUUGAUCGUCAUUUUUGUGUUCUUUGCAAUAAAUCAAUCCCCAUGAGUCGUACGGAUUGGCAAUCGGAUCGCAUGAAGGAAACGUCUCUUCUAGCCCAUUUGUUUAUUAAACAUCCUGACGAAAGUAUUAGAGAGGAGUUAGUCAAUCAGAAAUUGUAUGCGUUGUCAGUGCUGAGAUGGAGCGAGAAACCACAAUAUUUUCCAUUUCGUUUAAACUCUGCGGGUUCAUUGACCUGUUCCUCUUGCAUAGAUGUUCCCAAAAGCUUCCCGUUACUUGGCCGCUUGCAAGCACAUUGGGAGAAAUGUUCAGUGACGAAAGGAUCUUUGUCUACUUUGUAUACCAACAUCGUGCGAAGAAAAUCAAGGAAGGAUAAUGAUAUGCAAACAACAGCAACGACAGAUACGUCAAAUACACCGGCAAAUAAGAGAAUCAAAAAACUCGAGACUAACACUAGCAAGGAACCAUCGACAAAAACUCUGGAACAGAAAACACCGGAAAAGACGAAUAAGCAACGUCAAUCGAUGGAGAAUGUCAUUAAUAAGGAUGAGGAAUCGCCAGUAACAAUGCCAAAUCAGAAGCCAUCCAAAAAGAUAGACAAUCAGCAUCAAUCGAUGAAUUACGACAACAAUGAUGAAGAAGGGAACAAUACAGCAGCGAUAUCCCCUGAACAGGAAACACCCGAAAAGACGAACAAGCUAUGUGAAUCGGUAAAGAAAGACGAUGAUAGUAGGAAGAAUGAGAACUUGCCAGCCUCAAGGAACCUCAAGCGACACCAUCAACCGAGGAAGAGAAAGCGCUUAUCUGGAGGACAGCUUUUU